AUGAAACAAGGAUUAGCAACUCUCGACAAAAAUCAACAACGAAAACGAGCCGCCGGAGUCGAGUCGAGGGUGGUUCAGCGACUUGAUUACACCGAAGAUGCUGUGAAGUGGGCCGAUGCUGUAUUGACUGCAGGUGGUGAUGGGACAUUCCUCUUGGCUUCUUCACGCAUUCGCCAGAGAGAUAUACCCGUAAUAGGCAUAAAUACUGAUCCUCAAGGAUCUGAAGGAUACAUGUGUUUGAUGAGAAAACUGCCGAUGGAGCAUUUCAAAUCAGCACUGCAGCGAUUAUUCAAUGGGGAUUUUAGUUGGCUAUUUCGACAGCGUAUUCGCAUAAUUUUGAGUGGCGAAGCUCAACAGGGAAUUGGUGACUCCAUUGAGUUAAACGACGGCCAGUUGAAUCAGAUUCCAGCCACUACGCGAUGGAUGGACGCUCAAAAUACUCGCAGUCCCCCUGCUCCUUUUCCCUCCUCUUCUCAACAACCAAGUUCUCAUCAGAAUGAUUUCAGUGAGAACUUAAACGAGCUCAAGAAGUUGAAAGAAAAUUCGCCACAGGAGAAGGUGACUGUGCAACUGCCAGUACUAGCGUUGAAUGAAGUGUUCAUAGGAGAAAGUUUGUCAUCACGGGUGUCAUAUUACGAGAUACAAAUCGACAACAGUGCGCUGGUAAAACAGAAGAGCAGUGGGAUUGCUGUCUGUACGGGGACCGGCUCUACAUCCUGGUAUUUUAAUAUAAACAAGCUGACUGAUCAGUGUGUUUCUGAACUACUUCGUAUAGCAUCGGAGCGCUGUAAGGUCAGCUUGCCAGUAGACAGCGAACAAGUUAUCAGCGACAUAUGCACAAAGUUCAACCAGCAGCUGAUAUUUUCGCCUGAUUCAAAAAGGAUGGCGUUCACUGUGCGCGAUCCCAUCUUCAAUGCAACGUUCCCACCUACAACUCCUCGCGGCUUUGCAAAAAGAUUAGUCGUGAAAAGCCGUGGUUAUGAUGCGCAUUUGGUUGUGGACGGAGGUGUAUCCUAUCGGUUCAAUGAUGGAGCCGAAGCUGUGCUAGAAGUUUAUGAGGAGGAUGCUUUACGUACAGUCAUAUUUAGGUAA